AUGUUCCGCGCUGGGGGCUGGAUGGCACUCGGUGGCACACACUUUAAUUUUCUACGCGAGAUCCCAAUCCUAUCUCAGUAUGAAUGUCGAAGCAGCAUUGCGGGCUGGGAUAAUAAAUGGUUAUACGUAGUCAUCCGUUUUGUUUCGCACUCGCGCAAGAAGUCUAAAUCUAAAACCAACGAGGAGAGCUCACCUCAAUCAGACGCUGUGGAUACACGAGCGGAUGCGGCCCCAUAUCCCGUCCUGCAUAUGCCUGUUGUGCUCGACAAAAGCCAAGACUCAAGUGCCGCCCCAUCUGCGCUCGCUUCCCCUCCCUCCCUCGAUCCGUCGAGCACAAAUGGUUCUGUAACUGGAACACAGGCAAGCUUGGAUUCUCACGCAAGAGCCGUUUCCGCCGCCCUUCGGCCGGGGACGCAUGUCGAGUCGGACGGUGCGACCUUGCAUUGUGUCGCCAUCUCCGCAAUAUGCUUUAAGAUAGGGCGCAUAACCAUCCCUCCCGCGCUUGCGCUCGUGUGCGAGGGUCUCAGUGUGGGGCCGGAGGCGGGGAUCGAAGACGCGCCUGCGCCCGCCCCAUAUUCUCGUGCGAAUCCCCCGCCGUUCUGGUCGCGCGUGGAGGAGUUGCGCGGGACAGAAAUCAAUCUCAGUAGGCUACGCGCAUUUUAUGCGGGCGGGUGGCGCGAGGUGCCGGAGGGAGAGCGUUGGUGGGAAAGCGCGCUUGGUGGGGAGGUGGAGAAACGAAGGGCGGCUGGGAUGCAGAUUGCUGGCUCGCUGAGGAGGGGGAUGGAAGGCAUGCAGAGCCUGUGA